CCAUGGAGCGCUCCGAGGUCUCCUGCUUCUCGGCGGCCUUUAGCUGCACCUUCCUCGCCUCCUGCCUGCUUUUCUCGGCGUUCAACCGGCAGCAGCGGGAGGCCUACAUGGACGAGGCCUUCCACGUCCCUCAGGCGCGAGCUUAUUGCGCGGGUCGAUUCCAGCAGUGGGAUCCAAUGAUCACCACAUUGCCUGGUUUGUACUUGCUGUCAGUUGGAAUCCUGAAGCCCAUAGGAUGGCUCUUUGGCUGGUCUGAAAGUAUCCUCUGCUCUACAGGAAUCCUCCGAUUCAUUAACCUGCUUUUCAGCAUUGGAAACUUCUAUUUAUUAUAUUUGCUGUUCUGCAGGAUACACCCUAAAAAGGCUGCCUCUGGAUUCCAGAGAAUCCUGUCAACCUUGACACUAGCAAUAUUUCCAACUCUUUAUUUUUUUACAUUCCUUUAUUAUACUGACACGGGGUCCACGUUUUUUACCCUCUUCGCCUAUUUAAUGUGUCUCUAUGGCAAUCAUAAAACCUCAGCCUGCCUUGGAUUUUGUGGGGUUAUGUUUCGGCAGACGAAUAUUGUAUGGACUGUCUUCUGCGGUGGAAGUGUUGUUGCAGAAAAGCUAAGUGAAAGCUGGAAAGUGGACUUACUGAAAAGCAAAGAGAAGAAAAACUUGCCAACACAAAACAUCUUUUCAGAGUCAAUCAGGAUUGUUAGAUUUCUCCUUGGGUACUUUAUGUCACUUAAAAACUUCAGCAGUCUGAUUCUCUUAAUCUGGCCGUACAUUACUGCGGUAGCGAUAUUUGCUAUUUUCAUUGUCCUCAAUGGCAGCAUCGUUCUUGGGGACAGGAGCAGCCAUGAAGCCUGCCUGCACUUCCCUCAGCUAUUUUAUUUUUUUUCUUUUAGCCUUUUUUUUUCCUUCCCUCUUCUAGUGACGCCUGAUAAAUUUAUCAAUUUUCUCCAUUCUGUGAGGAUCUAUUUUCUGCGAUACAGUGUCCUCACAAUUGUUUCUUUAUUCCUCAUCUGGAAAUUUACUUACGCCCAUAAGUAUUUGCUUGCAGAUAACAGACAUUACACGUUUUAUGUGUGGAGAAAAAUCUUUCAAAGACAUGAGCUUGUCAAGUACUUAUUAGUUCCGGUUUAUAUAUUUGCUGGCUGGAGUUUCACAGAUGCACUGAAAUCAAAAUCUGUUUUCUGGAACUUAGUAUAUUUUGUAUGUCUCUUUGCAGUCACAGUUCCACAAAAACUUCUAGAAUUCCGUUACUUUAUUUUGCCAUAUAUUAUAUAUAGGCUUAAUAUUCCUAUGCCAUCACUUCUGAAACUUUUCUUAGAGUUGUUUAUAUAUAGUUUGGUGAAUGCAAUAACAUUCUAUCUCUUUUUGAACAAACCGUUUCACUGGCCAAAUAGUGAGGAAAUCCAGAGGUUUAUGUGGUAAUAUUUUGGUUCCUAAAACCUGUCCUAGAGCUUUUUGUUACAAAUAAGAAGUUACCAUUUUAAAACUUCAUCAAGGAAAAUGAAGUAUUCUGGAUGUUUUUGUAUUGGAAGAAAUGUGAAAUGUGUAGGGGUUUUGGACUGUUUUUAUAUAAGGGCACCAUCAGUAAUUACUUCUUAAAAGAUCAGGGAAAUUAUUUUACCCAUAUUCCCAAAAUAAUGUGAAUGUAUGGACAUUUUGAUCAUACCACUACAGAAAUUAUAAACUUUGACUGCUUUCAUUGUAUUUCUAUACACAUCAGGGGUGGGUUCUACUUACCUUUACUACCAGUUUGCAACGUGAGCAUGCGUACAAACACUUCUGCACAUGCGCAGAAGCUUCACAUAUGCAGAUCACCCAUGAUGACGUUGUGGCAGGUGGGCAGAGCCUCCCGCCGGUUUUACUACUGGUUCUAUAGAACCGGACCAAACCGGGAGCAACCCACCACUGGUACACAUGUAUCAAGUCAUUGAAAAUAAGUUUGAUUUGAUGCCAUUCAAUUAUUAUACUGUCUUUUUACCAAUGUUGGGUAAUAUUGUUUUGUGCUUGUGUACAGUAACAUUUAAUUUUUUUAUAAUGUUUGGGGUCUAGGGAUACAGGUAAAAAGUCACACAAUUAUCAGUUUAUUACAACGAAUGUGCUUCAGUUUAAGGCUGAAAUCUUGGAUAUUUUUCUGGCAGGAAACUUUCAAUCAGCUAUGUAGAAAUAGAUAGAAUUACAGUGUGAGCAAGGAAGAAAUCGAUUAUGAGCUAAAGAACCAUACUUAAAUCACAUAUCAUGGGCAAAUAUUGUAUAAUAUAUUUGAUUUGUUAAUCACUGAAAGAACUUCUAGAUACCACAGGUUGCUAUACUGAGGACAUAAAUAAAUUUGUAGCCUCAGCAUAAAUCAUAAGUCUUUACAGGGCCUGUUAUUAUUAUUAACCAAAUAUCAGUUCUCAAUGAUAAGAUGACAGUUCUGCUGAUUGAUUUUGUUAUCAACAUAAUGUCAAACUAUGACAGUUAAAAUGUUUUUUUUUAAAUAAAACCUGAGAUUUUUUUCAUUCUAGUAAUAAAUUUGCAUGCUAAAUGCCAAAAAAUAAAAACCAAAUCAGUGUUCUAUUUAAGGGCCAUGAUACUUGGGGUCAAGCAUGCUUAAGAUGUGAAAACAAAUAUUUAGAACUAUACUCAAUAAGAAUACUUCGCAAUGAAUAAGGUAAAAUAAAUAUAGUUUUUCAUCACAAACCAAAUAUUAACACAAUCGUGUUAAUAUGCAAUAAAUGAUAUAAUUUGUUUUAGCUUUUUUUGUCUGUGUGAAAUGUGUUCCAAGAGUGCUCUUCCAGUUGUAAUAGAUUCCUCCCUCUUCAUAGAUAAAGACUUAAUUUUCCACAGCUCAUGUGUUAGAAAAAUAAUACAGGUUUUGAGGUGGAAAAUGAUAGAACAUCUAUAACAAAGCAAAUUAGAAAAAAUUUGCAAAUUAGAAAAUAUAUCUUUCGGGAACCUUCAUAUGAGUCUUAAUUGGAAGUGUAGACAUGGUUAUCAUGAUUUAAUUUCUCACACGAAGGGAAAGGCUCCCACUGAAAAUUGCUUGUACAGUAUCUUAGCUUUUGCAGAUUGUUCUUUUGAUUUCAGAGUGACCAAUUUUAAAGUGCAUGUCAGUAGAUUUGCCACCCUAUGCAUCUUUAAAAAUUGUACAAAUAGCACUUGGCUUUGAUAGACUUUCUGUGCAGGGAAUAAUCACAAACAUCACACUUGCUCACAAAGUUAAAAGAGAAAUUUAAAUUUCCUGUGAAACAUGAAGAACAAAAAGUUGACAAUUGGCUCUUCAUUUAAUUUUAUAUAUUUUUUGGAAUUAUUAUUUUCCCUUUUUUCCAAUCUUUUCUCCUUAUGACUAUCAUGCUUUUUUUUUUUUAGAAUAUUUAAUUUAUUCAAAAAAGUUAAAAUACAAAACACCAAAAUAUUUUUUAAAAAACAACAGACAAAACAUUUUAAAAAGUGUCUUAAAAAGAGAUUAGCACAUAUACACAUAACAUCCUCCCUAGCUGAAUGCUGAUCAAUAUAAUACAACCAUGUCAAUUUCCCAUCUCUUACAAAACGGGGCAAAACAAUUUUAAACUACUUUGGGUAAUGAAAUGUCUACAAGAAAAUAACUGAUUUUUGAGAGCACUCAGAAAGAAAUCACUCACUGGCUAGGUGAGAAAUGAAAUACUUGCUAAGAGGGAUGACUUUCCCUUUUGGAGAACAUGUUUAAAAUCGGGCAAAUCAAACAAUGUAAAAGAAAAAUACUCUAUUAAAAUCAUUACUUGGAGGAGUUAGGAAGAAUAAACAUAGAUAAAUUAGGUUCACAUGGUGGCGCUGUUGAGCUGUGGUUACUGUACAACUUGCAGCAUUUUUAACAGCUUUUGACAGAACGUUUUUAGAAUAGUAGCCUGCAAAAUGUAAAGAAAAAACAUUUUAAUAGAAAAUUGGAGGGAGGGGGCUUGGUCCUUGAAAAAUGGAAUUUUAUAUAUAGUGGAGCAAUCCUCUUAUUCCAGUAAAAGGCAUCUAGCUCUAAUUGGAAAGCAGACCAAUGCUGAAAUAGAUGGAAGUCCUUCUAAAAUAUUUAUUCUCUGAAACUGGAAUUAGUUGUGCUUUUAAAAACGGAUCAUCCAAGGGUUUUUUACCAUCAGCUCCUUUGUCAUGCUCAGUGUCACCUGUAUUCAGGUGGGACACUUGGAGUCAAGAAAAUCGGGUCUCUAAAAUAGGUAUUUCUCUUUGGCAUCCAGGGGUGUGUCUUCUGGGUAUGGCCAACAAGGUCAAGAUGACAAUUGCAUAAGGAGCAUUGAUCACACCAUCUUGACUUUCUUUUAUAUACCCUAUGGAAUCCCCAGUGUAGGGGUGUCAAACUCAAUUUAAUUGAGGGCCGCAUCUGGGUUCUGUUUGCCCUUGGGGGGCGGGCAGGGGUCAUGGCCAGGGGUGUGUGGUCAGCUCAACAUCACUCCUGUCGGGGGCACCUGUGGUGGCCCGAGCGCUCUGCCAGUGAAAAGAGGUUCCCGAGCUUCAUUUUCAGGUGCCAUGGCCUCCUGCAGCCCUCUGCCAGUGAAAACGGAGCUCAGGAGGAUUGAGAGAGUUGUAGGAGGCCGUGGCAGCCAAAAAUGGAGCUCGGGAGCCCAUUUUCUCUGGCAGAAGCACAUGGGCUGGUCCUUCACUGCUUCCAGGGCGGCCCCGUAGGCCAGAUUUAAAUACCCCGUGGGCUGGAUCCGGCCCCCAGGCCUUGAGUUUGACACCCCUGCCAUAGUGGCAUCGCUUUAACCUUUGAACAUGCAGAAGGAUCUCUUCCUUCCUUCCUUCCUUCCUUCCUUCCUUCCUUCCUUCCUUCCUUCCUUCUUUCCUUCCUUCUCUCUCUCUCUUUUAUUUGGAUAGCUUUGCCCUUCCACUAUAUUACACUAUUAUAAAUGGCUCAUCAUGGUGCAAGAGACAAGUCUUUGUUAUAUUGUUUACAAAACAUCGCACAGAUGUGAAAAACUAAGCUAAAUCCAGUGAUCGGCAUCAUAAUUAGCAUAAAUAGCUCAGGAACACUGGCAUUUAAUUUGCCUCAACAAGUGUUAAAUUUCCUUCCUUUGGUAGAUUUAACUUUCAGUUCAGGACAACUUGAACUGGCAUCAAUACAACCAAAGAUAUAUCAUUGCAGCAACAAAAACAAAAAAAUGGCCAAGAAGAUGGACAGAUUCAUACACUUAACGUUGUGAUAUAUUCUUUUAAUAUCUUGGAAGAAUAUUUUUCUCUUUUUUUGCCAUGAUCGUUAGGAAGUUGUGAUAUACUAUCUCUAAUUCCCUAGUUUCCCCCCCAGAAUAAAAGGGAGUGAAUUAGUAACAAUUGUACUUAGCCACUCUCAAUUUGUUUCUCUUGAAUUGUCAAAUGUAUAGUAUUGUAUGCCACCCAGGAUUGUAUGUGAGAGGGCAGUUAUACAAAUGCAAUGAAUGAAUGAAUUUAUAUUGUCAUCUUAUGUAUAUACUUCCUCCUUCCAACUGUUUAGAAUAUCAACAGCUUGAUAAGGCACUGCCUUGUAGAGCUGACAUCUGCAGAUAUCUGCAGAAAUGAUCUGAACACAGCCAUGGAAUUCAAUAGGUAGCCAUAAAAUAUUAUUUGGAUUUUCUACAUCUUUUUUUUAAAAUCUUUUAAAAGGAAAGCAUUUAACCAAAGUGGUACUUUAUAGAUAAACAAUGAAAUUGAUUCAUUAUAGUUCUUUGACUUCUUGCAUUUAAUCCUCAUGGCAGAGAUUUUAUGUUUAUUGGGACUUUUCAAUGCAGGGGACACAAAUGUGUAAUAACUGUUUUUUUUAAAAAAAAAUGAAGGCUAAAGUGCCCAAUAUAAUUACUGCGUAGGAUAAUCCAUUUGCUGAUGGUGUAGAAUUGUAAAUAACUACGAGAUUAGUGAUGCCUGUCAGAAAAGGGAGAGAGCAGGUUAACUCAUUGUCCCUGUUAUAGAAAUAACACUAAAGGGAAGUAUAAAUUUAUCACUGUAUUUAUUCUGUGUUCACUUGCCAAAUUAUUCCUCCUGUUAUUUAAAAGAAUAUAAAAUGUCUGCCUGUUUAUUUUCCAGAAUGCUUUUUAAUUCUAAUUUUCUUCUACCAUGUGUUACUUAUUUUGAUACGUGCAUGCAUUUUUUAAAAUAUUGAUGCAUCCAGAAUUUUGUCUUGUUUAAAUAAAAUAUUCCUUUUGCUUC